CUAUGGUUCUGUGACAGUUUGCUCUAUCAAAAUUUGCCGCCCUGCCGUGUGCCACAGCCACUGAAGCCCUCACGAAGUUUCCUAGCCAGUUUUACCGUCGCGCGACCCGGUGGCCCGAAAACCUUCCUGAUGCAUCCUGACACGACCCAAGACCACUGAUUCGCAAGCCCACUGCAAACCCCGGGACCACCGAAUCCCAAGACCACCGAACCCCAAGACGACUGCGAACCCCGAGAUCACCGACCCCACGGCCACAACGAAACAAAAACCUCUAGAAAUGGGCGACUCUGCGCCCAUAGACCCCAGGAUUGAGCUCGCGGGGCUCUUCGACAACCGACGAUGCCCGAACCUCGCUCUCAUCGUCCGCCGAACGAGCUCGAUCCGUGUCGUCAACCCAGCCGCCUACAUCAACGCACUCGACUCCUAUAGCGACUUCCUCAAUUCUAUGGAGCACUCGAUCGGCGCUCUUGUCGACGAACGAGAUGACACCACAUCCCGCGGCAAGGUGGCCGAGGCAAAUUUUCAGACCAUCGCCAAGGAGCGGGAUUUCCUCAAGAAGGUCAUUGAGCAACAGCACAAGCUACUGGAAGAGAUGCGGAGCUUGAGCGCCAUGAGCUCUGGCAAGAACAAGAAGCGUCUGGCAGCCGACCCCCCCUCGAAGUUCGACGCCAGGGACGGCACCUACCACAAAAUCCAGGAGUCCUACGAGAUCUGGGAGUCGAAGAUCAUAGGCGUUUUUGACCGCGACUUGGAUUACUUCGACACCCCGAAGCUCCGCAUCGGCUAUAUCGCCGACCAGUGCGAUGGGAAAGCUUUUCAGUUCAUUUCUGACCAUGUCACUGCUUUCCGCAGGAACCCUGAUGACCCCAACCUCAAGUUCAACGAUUGGCAGGCGAUGCUGAAAUUCAUGCGCAACCAGUAUCCCGAUAUAUUCUUCCAGAAAAACCGGAACUACUGGUCCUGGAAGCAAGAACUGGACGAGCUGUUCGUCAAGGCGAAAAAGACCCCUGAGCAGAAGGUCGACCUGUUGAAGACCCGCGUCAACGACAAAAUCAACGACAUGUUUGUCACGCUCGACGUUCCCCCCCGGGAUAAUGAUUAUGAAGGCGGGUCGAAGAAAGCGGACCGUUUUGCCCGCAACCUGGAACAUCGCGAUUAUCUCGCAAAGCUGGAGAAGAGCGCCUUGCACUCACAGAACAACCUUACACAAAACCCCCGCACUAGGUUGCUACCUGCCCCAGCUGACACGGGGGACCCAAUGGACCUCAGCGCCGCCCAAUACAGUUCCCCUCGCCUACCACAGGAAGUCCUGGACUACCGCCGCGCAACAGGCGUGUGCCUUGCCUGUGGUGAGCCGGGAUAUGCCAAGAGUGCACACCGUUACGACCCGCAAGCCAACCCUCACCCUCUGCCUAUGUCCCAGCGUACCGCUCAGUCGAGCAACUUCGGUAGCCACAGCCGUGGCCGUGAAAAUUUCACACCGAGCCCCCAAGGCCGUGGAGGUUUUAGAGGCAACAGUUCAUCUUCCCGUGGCCGGAGCAGCUACACCACCCAGCCGCGCCCACAAGUCUACCAGCCCUAAACACACUAGAUGUAACGGGCUGGGCCCGGUGCGAGCCUCGGCGACUCUCGGCAAAUACCAAGACCCCUGACGAGGCUAUUCCCACUCGCCCCACAGCACACCGAACCUUCUAGCAAC